UUGUGCUUUAUAUUGUUGAUGAGGCAACCGUCGGAAGUCAAGUUUGUGAAUUUCCGGACCACUCUCAGAUCCUUGAAGUUCUGGGCGAAGAGGCGUGGUAUUUAUUCAAAUGUCACUGGAUUUCUUGGAGCUGUUAACUGGGCACCGUUGGUUGCUCGAAUCUGCCAACUGUACCCUAAUGCUGUGCCCAGUAUGCUAAUCUCACAAUUUUUCAGAGUUUACAGUGGAGGUGGCCAAUCAGCAUGCGCCAACUCCUCUACUCGGGCACUUGGGUUUGGGUCAAUUCAGGGGACUUAUUUUUCCCGAGACCCGGAUCUCUUCCUCUCCUCUCUCGCGACGGCGCGACUUCUUCUCGGCGAAAUCGUGGCAGCAAGCAAGCACGUCACCGGCGGCCGGCGAGCACUUCUCACCGUGGGAUCUUCACAGAUUUGA